GAAUAAAGAUCUAGUUGUUGUGUUUUUGACUUUUGAUUUGUAAAUUGCUGUCAAAAUGGGGCGCAGAAACGCAGCUCCGGCCAAGCCCUGGCGCUCCCCGCCGCCCACCAGGCAGCCACCCUUGAGAAAAGAAAAUCGGCAAUAUUCGACUUCUGUCCCCGCAAGGACCCAGCCUAGCGCCCCGGCACCGGCGCCAGCCCCGGCCCAGACAGCCCCCCAACAGCCCGGACUGUUCGGGCAGAUGGCCGCGACCGCGGGUGGCGUAGCCGUGGGGUCUGCCAUUGGGCACACCAUUGGGGCGGGCCUGACAGGCAUGUUUGGGGGCGGUGGCUCAAGUGAAGCGGCCCCAGCGCCCCAACAACAACAAGCAGCCCCACAACAGAGUGGCUCGGCUGAGCCCACGGGGCCCUGCGCCUGGGAAAUCAAGCAGUUUUUGCAGUGUGCUUCGACACAGAGUGAUUUGACCUUGUGCCAAGGUUUUAACGAAGCAAUUCAGCAAUGCAAAAUUAGGAACGGUGUCCAAUAAUUAGGCUGUGUCGCUAAAUUCUAGUAUUAAUUAAAUCAAUAAAGACAGUCAUGGUAGAAAAUUGAUGGACUGGAUCCAUUUGUAGUGUUUCAAAGUUGAAUAAAGCAUCCUCGUUGAA